AUGGCCCGCUUCGGACAGCAGAUCAUCCUCCCUGGAGCUGAAUUUCCGCUGGAGACCGCAGUGGCACUCUUGGACUACUACAGCAAAGCCGAUUAUUACGUCUCUGAGCGCGAUGAUAUCUGGUACCUCGGGCUCGGUGCUCAUGCAUCCCUAGUCGUCGAUCCAAAGGGGCAAACCGCGACAGAAAUCGACAGUGAGGGCCGGAAAGAGUCGAGUACCAUACUCAACUUGCUCACCGGCCAAGUUCGACAGUUUGUCUCCAAAUAUUCCAUCCAUGGGAAAAUCUUUGGGCAGGUCGGGUUCAACUACUCGGCGCGCUGCUCCGGGGCAGGCCUAUGCCCCAAAUUGCGGUCACAGGCCACGCUGAAAAUGAUGCCUAUGAAGCAAGCCGAGCGAAUCAAAGGCAUCCUCAAAUCGAUCUCCCUGGACAAUAUCUAUCUCCCAUCCGACCCCGGCGGCGCGAUUGAUCUCACAGUGGAUGCAGGCGAGUACCAAGCCCGCGUAGCCAAUGCAAUUGCAGAGAUUGCCAAGGGCCGAUAUACCAAGGCGAUUCCGUCUAGGAAAGUUCCGUUGGAUUUCCGGGCCGAUAUGCUAGCGACUCUCCUUCACGGCCGCCGGGCGAACACCCCUGCCCGUACAUUCUCACUUAACCAUAUGGGUAUGCAGGCGACCGGCUUUAGCCCGGAAGUCCUUCUCUCCAUCGAGGACGGGAAUGUCUAUACCGAAGCACUCGCUGGGACCCAGCUCUCGGAAUCACCCGAGGCGAGCCUUGACCCAUUCGACAACAAAUUACAUAACGACGCCAAGGAGGUUAUGGAGCAUGUCAUUGCUAUCAAGGGGUCCAGCCGUCGGCUGAGUCCGGUUUGUCUUCCCGAGUCAAUCGCUAUUAAAGAUUUCAUGAAAGUCAUGCCCCGGGGAAGCGUGCAACAUCUCUUUUCCCACGUGCGUGGACGCCUGAGAGCAGACUGCGACGGCUGGGAUGCUCUUCCGGGUCUUAUCGCCAAUAUUACCGUCCCUGGGAUGCCGGGACCGAGGAACCUCGAGGCAAUUCGGUGCUUUGAGCCUGAGCCGCGGGAUCUCUAUUGUGGUGCGGUGCUCAUGCUGGAUGAGUGCUCGAAACUCUUCGAGGCAACCCUGGUGCUUCGCACAGUGUUCCAGGAUGCGCAUCGGCAGUGGCUACAAGCCGGAGCAGGCGUUACGAGUUACUCAAAGCCGGAGCGGGAGUUUGCCGAAACAUGCGAGAAGCUGGAAAGUGUGGCCCCGUUUGUGAUCCCCCAGCGUGAUUCACUUGGGCUUAAGUCCAGAGUCAGAAGAGCUCAUUUAAGGUCCCAAAGGUGCUAG